AUUUAAGAAACCCCCAAAUGCUAUUCCAGAAAUUUCAGACUCGGCAUCUCCGUCACCGACUUCCUUCUUCUCUGUCUACUCCCUCAGCUACACUCACCAAGCCACCAAAAAGAUCCUUUAACUAGCUCAGAGAGACAGAGAGAGAGAGACUUGAAAAGCUCAAUAGGCUUCGUGUUCACACCUCUCCAUCAAUGGCAGUUCCAUUUACAGCUCUGUCGAACAUUGGCUCGUUCUCAUGCUCUCGAAGCCUCUCGCAGAUGAACCUUGUAAGCCCCUCCUGUACUUCUAAAAAGCUUCCAGCUUCUACAUUGCCCUCAGAUACGUCAUCAUCGUUGUUAUCGUCGUCGAGCUUGCUCUCCAGGUCGUUGCGUCUCGUUCCCCUCCCGUACUCGUCUGGGACUUCAUUUCAGAGGAAAACUGGCAAUCCUAGCUCGGUUCGGGCCAUUGCUGAGGUUGCAGAAUUACAAUCAAAAGUAACCCAGAAAGUAUAUUUUGAUGUAAGCAUUGGGAAUCCAGUGGGAAAGCUUGCUGGAAGGAUUGUGAUAGGAUUGUAUGGAGAUGAUGUUCCCCAAACUGCAGAGAACUUCCGUGCUCUUUGCACAGGAGAGAAAGGCUUUGGCUUCAAAGGCUCCUCAUUUCAUCGUGUCAUCAAGGACUUUAUGAUUCAAGGAGGAGACUUCGAUAAAGGAAAUGGAACUGGUGGUAAAAGUAUAUAUGGCCGUACAUUCAAAGAUGAGAAUUUCAAGUUGUCUCAUAUUGGACCUGGAGUUCUUAGCAUGGCAAAUGCAGGCCCAAACACCAAUGGGAGCCAAUUCUUUAUAUGCACCGUCAAGACACCGUGGCUGGAUCAAAGGCAUGUAGUGUUUGGGCAAGUUUUGGAGGGCAUGGACAUAGUUAAGCUGAUUGAGUCACAAGAGACUGAUAGAGGUGAUCGGCCCAGAAAGAAGGUGAUCAUCAGCGAAUGUGGUGAGCUUCCUGUGGUCUGAGGUGGAAUCUCAUCAGUUCUCGGUUUUCAUUAUUCCCCUUCUUUUAUCUGGGGCCGGUUCUCCCAAUUUAGAGAGCUUUUUAUGAGGCUUUAUUGAACCCCCAACAGUUUCUUGUUUGAUUUUUGUUUUAGUUUUGAGGUUAGAGAAAUUGAGAAGUUUGAACCGUGUUGGUGUGUUGAACAAUGAACAAUUCUAUACCAGAGGGAUGAAAGGAUGUAUUUUUAAUAAAAUGAAAGUUCCAUGAAAAGAUGGCAUUACUAGAA